UCCUAAUUGGGAUGAAUGGAUGAAGUUCCGUAAUAAUGUACGCAAUUUUGACCAUUUCCAGAACAACUAUAUUCUUAUGACUGACGCAAUACCACCAGACUUGAUGGAACAUUUCUCGAUUUUUCGAAGCGUUCCCUGGAAAAUGGUUCUCGAUUUUGACCCAUCAUCCGAAGAGAAGGGAAUGUAUCAAGACUUUUCCUCAAAGGAUGGGAAAAACAGCCUCAUUAAUAUGAUCACACCUGCUGAGAUAAGAUGCAAGUCUAUUGCUAAUCUAGCUCGAGAUAUCGAUGCGAACAAGACUCAAUGGAUGUUUGUCAAUGGAAGAGAGAAUGAUAGAUCUGAUGGGGGGCCUCAGGGCUUCGAAGACUGGGAAGACAAUGCAGUGGGAGAUAUUUCAACUUUUUUCAGGUGUUGCUCGGAACCCGAUAAACUCGACAAAAAUAAGCCAUUGGUUUGCUUGGUAUUGCCGUUCAGAGAAGAAACUGUCCCUUUUAUGGAUAUGACGGUAAAGAGGCUGUUGGAAAAUUUCAAAGAAUUUGACUUAAAGUUCAUUGGAAUUACGCCAAAAGACCAGCCGUGUGCUCUUCCAGAAAGAAUGCUGAAAAAGAUCAAUAUCCACACUACGGAUCUUGAGCCACAACUUUUGUGCCUAGGAAUGGAGGACCUUUUCAAAAUUUCGUCAGAGCAAAGUUACUGCAUGCCAACUUCUCAAGCAAAUAUGCCCGCAAAGCUGACACAAACGGAUUGCCUUUAUCUCAAAGAGUAUUUAGAUGUUCUGUAUGAAGGUUGUGAAGAUCUUCCAAACAUGAUUGAUGUCGGAGAAGACGGUCAAAAACCUGAAGAUUUGAUUGAAGAACACAAAAAGUCUUUCAUGUCAGGAAACUGUAUUUCUUUCGUUAGCCUUUAUUACAGCCAUGAUGCAAAGAGAGAAAUCGGUAACGAAAUUCGAACACAUAUUCAAAGGCUUUUAGAUCAAGGACUUACCCACUCAACUAUAGUCGAAAUUUCCCAUUCACCUGGUUCUGGUGGGUCAACGAUAGCGAGGCGUGUGAUGUGGGAUAUACACAAGUCUUACCCUUGCGCAAUUGCAAAGCUAGGAGACCAUAAAUUUGAUCUCGAAGAUGACAACGUGUUUUUAGAUAACCUUGUAGACCGCAUAAAUGCAGUACAAGAAAUAUGCCAUACAACCCCUGUGGUUCUUCUCGAUGGAAAGCACACAAGAAUCGAAGCUCUGAGCAACAGGCUAGUUCGUAUCCUUAAUAGCAGAGGAAAGAGGGCUGUGCUACUGAGAUGUAACCAUAAUCUAGAAAAAAGCAAAGCUCGAAGUUCCACCCUGGAAUCUUCAGAUGUUCAUGCUACUUUUUCUGUUAAUGUCAGGCUUGAAGAAUCUAAAGCUGAUCUCAAAGAAUUUGAAUCAAAAUACAAAGAUUACAUCAAAGAAUGCAAGAACAUAAGAUCUUUGUCAGGUCUCUCCAGAGUAUUCCAUUUCCCUCUCUUUGCAAUGCUAGAGGAAUUUAGAAACAAGCUACAAGAGAUUAUCUAUGAAAGUUUUGACGAAAUGACUGACAUAGAGAAAGAGAUCGUCACUGUCGUCGCCUUUAUACAAAGGUUUGCAGCUCAGGCUAUACCAGCACCCCUGUUAUACACAAUAUUCCAGCAAUCGAUUCAAGCUCACCAGAGUAGCACAUUUCCCCGUGAUUUGCAAGGCGUUACAUAUGAGGACAUCGGCAGCACAAUAAUGACAGAACGCUUAUGGAACUUAAUGGUUCCUGCAAACCCUGCUAAAUCCAUUUGUUUAGGCAGAAGAUUUAAGAGAGAGAACUACUUUCAAGAAAUGUACACCCUACAGCAUCCAGUUGUCGCAGAAAUGGUCCUCCAAAAGGCGAAGAUUGCUCUGAAACGUGAUACGUUAGCUCUAGCUCGUGAUUUUCUUGGCUUCCCCAUUUUUGACGACAUCCGUUUUAUGCCUCUAAUGAAGGAUUUGUUUGUGCUAAAUGGAUGUGGUCAAGGAAAAUUCUCUGUGCUUUUCGAAGAGCUGAAGGUAAUGAAUCCACACGAAGCUGGAGAUGUGUUUUGUGAGGCUGCAGAAAAGACCAAAGAUCUCGUUGUGGUCACAAGCGCAGCACGAUUCUAUGCCAAGGUGCCUCCGCAGUCUUUCUCAAAAGCCAAAGAACUGAUUGAGAAGGCGUUUGAGUGUGCAAAUGCUGAAGAGAAGCAGAAAACAAUAUAUGACGUGAAAGGAGUCGUCCUUUUAAAAGAAUUGAAAUCUUUGGCUAAAAGUGAAAAAAUUGCUUCACUGGAACACUUGCAGCAAUUGGCGCAAACAGUGAUAGAAUCCUUUAAAUCUGCAAGGACAUUCCCUCCAUCCUUUCCUAACCCUCUCAUCGGAGAGGUCAGGACUUGGGUGACUUGCAUAGAAUGGAUAACGAAAAACAUCUUCAACGGAAGUUCAAUCAUGGCCUUGCACUUCAUCACGUCAUUUAAUGCUCCUCCAUUUUUUCAGACAUGCGUGAGCGAUUCAUUUCAUCUCUUAGAUGUUGUCGAUUACAUAGUCAAGUCAGUCAGAACUUUGUCAAAUCCGGAAAAGACGCACAAAGAAGCCAACAAUGUAAGACUUUCACUUAUGAAAGCCUUGAAUUGUCAAGAAGGAAGAAACGCAUCUGAAAUUAUCCGGGAAUGCAAGGCCCUUUGUUCUGCAGAGAUAUUUCGCUCGUCGUCUCAAAUGGAAUUGAAGCGUUUACGAGUGCAAUAUGUGUUUAGCUGCGUGAAAGAAAUCGAAAGCAUUGAUAAAAGGGGACUUGAGUACUUGCUAAAACUGCUGAAAGAUUUAGUGGAAGUCGGGAAAGAUGAAAUCUUUGCAAAUCAUCUGAUGAGGAUUUGCGUUCUUAUUACUGGCCCUCAACAGUACUCAUUAGAUCAAGGCCUGGCAGUCUGCAAGAUUUGGAACCAGAAAUCUAAAUAUGAGGCUCUUCCCCAUUUUUACGAAAUGAUGAUUUACUUUCUAAAGAUACUGGAUGGAAAUGAGAUGGAGUUUAGGUCCAGGUAUCUUAAUGCUCUAGAAAAAUGUCGCGAGAAGUCCUAUCACGACUGUAGGAACACCAUGUCAACGCACUUUUUGGGCAAGACAGGGACAGGAAUGUCUCGCCUCAUGACUAUAAACACUUUAUUCCGUGGCACAACAGAUAAUAAACCUGUUCAUGAUGCAGCAUAUUGGAAAACAGGAAGUCGAGAGAGGCUAAUGGAAUGCUGUGGUCGAAUAAGAAGUCGUUCCUCAGGUACUAACAAAACUUUUCUUACAGUUGAACUUAUGCCAGGCAUCGAGCUUUACAUUGCCAAGAGCGCUGGUAUCGGAAUAGCUGAUCGACAUUUUGUUCCUGGAAGUAUGGUGUACUUCGUGGUCAGUUUCAACCUUCGGGGACCAGUUGCCAACGGGAUUAACUUCAAGUCUUCGUUGAUGUUGCUAUCCAGACAGCAGAGUUUUGGCAAUAGCUAGCUGAGCAUUCAUCCAAACAUGCUAUAACAUAAAAAUGAGAAAUGAAUUUAAAGAACUUCUUGAAAGAACAGGCGAAAGACACACAAACAUCACAUGGGAAGAGGCAAAAGAAAACAGCAGACAACAGAGUGAGGUGGAGGACAAUGAUGAAAGGCCUAUGUUCCCAAAAGAGCGAUGAGGACUAAAGAAAUUAAAUUCACCUGGAUCUUUUGCCACCGCAUAGCUAGAUAUAAUAGACAUGCACAAAGAAAAGCAGGAACAACCACACUUAGGUAGGAAUCAGCACGCAUUAGACGGAUUAUUUGCAUUUUGAUUCAAUGUCAGAAUUUGAACUACUUCUAGUAAUAUAGUGAAUGUUUGACAGAAGCCUCUUAAAGGGUUAAAAACCAAUAAAAUUAAAGCAAAAAAAAUUCUAGUUAAAAGUUGAAUUGAGAGGGUCUCUAUUAGAUAGGAUAUGCAAAUUCUAUAUUUUUUAGACUAAAUACCAAAGAAAAUCAGUAACUGAAUUUGAAGAAUUUGAACUCAAGAAAUACUGAUAUUUUACACAUACACAAAUAUGAAAUAUAUAUCAGAGAUAAAACUACACCACAAAUGGACGCCCUUUGCAGUUAACGGUCACGUGUCUGUACUGGUGAGCAAAAUUUGUUUUUAUUUUAAAUUGGUGAUUCUUUUUAGCUACUUGUAAAGAACUCAAUGAAAUGAUGUGUAAUCAGUGUGUUAGGAAGUGCAGUUUUAUUACGAUCUCUCGGAACAGGUUGUAGAAAGUUUGUUUGCUCACCAGUAUAUUUCACCCAUGGGAAUCAAGAUGUUCAUUCAUUUGCUCUCAGUGAAUUAAUCAGCACGUGAUUACUGAGCUGCAAAGGGCCUAUUGCACCAACAUCUCAUACAAGUUCUUUUAAAAAAAUACAACCUAUUUGAUACACACAACAACUAAAAAUUAAAUAUUGCAAGUAUUUCACCCCACAGAAGAUUUAUCUGUAAAAUCGUUUUUUUCAUUUCACCAUAGUACAUUCCUAAGGCUUUUUUCUUUAUUGAACCAUAUUUCCCCCUUAUUUUUCUCUCCAAGAACUAGGGAGCUCAUCUAGGGAGAUAACAAAAAUCUUUUAGGUAUUUUAGCAGAGUGAGGGCAUACCUUAGGGGCAAGGGAGAAACGUACCUAUGUAAAACAUAGUGCACUAAAGUUACCAUGUCAAAUAAACUAAUAGAUUCUGUUAGCAAGAAAUAUUAA